AUGUCAACGCCUCUACCUUUCCGCAAGCGAAUAGAGCCUGUUGUCAAAGAAAUUCGUGAAGGAGGGGGUUACUUAAAAGAAGAAGACUAUUCAGCGGACGACGACGACGAUGAAGAUGAUGAACAUAAGGAGAAGGUGCGGUUGGAGGAAAUUACAAGCAUACAUGGACAGAUAAUGAAAUUUUUCAGAAACCACGACAAUCCAAAAGCCGAUGGAAAGGCCAUUACCUCUCUGCUUUCCCAAAAUCAGAGGGAUAAUAUACAAUGUGUCGGUACUUCGGGAAAGAACAUCUUACAUUCGAUGAUCGAAAGGGCUGCUCCGAAUCUCAGAUUAGCAGUAUGGCUGUUAACGAAUUUCGAUGAUCUUAUACUAGGGCAAAACAUUGAUGGUAACACUCCGAUGUACGAGGCAAUCAAAAAUGACAAGGCCAAAUUCGUUCAUGCUGUUCUGUCGCACAGUACGAGAGUGUUAGAAGCACUUCAGCUACCCGGGUCCGAUGGAAUAUGCUUGCAUCUUGCUUUCAAGCCUUCGCAUACGUAUAAAAAAAUCAAAAAGUGUCAGCAUGAACAUGUGGACAAAAUGAUCCUGGUCUUGAAGAAUGCGAGCGUGUCUGGCAGCAGCAAAGACACAGAGACUAAUAGUCAGAACCAAUUUCCGAGCAUCCUCAAGUUAAAAGACCUCAAGGGUGAUACACCACUUCAUAUUGCAAUUCACACUAUUUCAUAUUGGAUGAUAGAUUCAAAACCACCCUCUUCGGACUCUAUUUUACCCGGAAUGAAAUUGCGAGCAAGAUUGUUGAUUGAGGAAUUCCCCGGUGCAGUCUUUGAAAUCAACAACGCUGGUCAGUAUCCAUAUCAAUGUUUUGGCUCUGAUGAAGUCAAGGAAUGUUGUUAUGAAGUAGCUGAAGCAAUGAAGAAAUUAUACAUGCGAGAGUUCACUGAAGAACAGGUUAUCAAGCUCUUUUAUCCCGAAGGCGCUUACGAGCUCAGUAUAUUUUUUGAUAUUCCUCACACAAUCGAUGAUCAUUUACCGGCUUCUUUGGAUAUGUGGCUAGGACAUUUACAUUUCGAGUCAAUCCUAAAACACGUCGACUUACCAAACCUCGUGAUGGAGCGGGAGAGGAAUCUCCCGACUUUUGGCACCUCUAACUCGGAUACUGCUCCAAUCUUGGACGCACUCAAUGGAAAAGUUGAGUUCGUAAAGAUCUUUGACUGGUUGCGACAAAAGGGGGUUAGAACUAUACUCGAAAUCAGUGUGCAGGAUGAUGAACUGAAUCCGCAUUGUGAUGAAGCAAUUGAAGUUGCACUCCAUGGCCUUGGGGUCGAGACGUUGAACUGGGUGAAGCUAGAUCUAAACAGCGACGUCUUGUUCCAUUCAGCCCAAGAAGUAAAAGUUUUACAUCUGUACUCUAGUGGUAACAACGACGUCCUUCGAGUUAACCGAAGUUCAUUUGAGCUUUUGCCUGGAUACAUUACCCAAGGAAGAAGCAAGACCUACCUGAACGAGUUCGCAGCAGCUUUAAAUAAUUCAUCUGGCAAUAGAAUAAAAGUAAAGCCAAAGGAAUGGAGGAAUAAGGCUGGUGGAUAUACUGGACCAGGAGACGAUCCUGGGCCGACGCUGAGACAUCCGUGGCUUGAAGUUAUGGACGCAUUUGCUCUUGCUCUCAAGAAUAAUCCAAAGCAUCGGGAUCUUCAGAACCGAGUUGCGGGCGGAAAGUCUUUCUUUAAACGUCCAGACAUAAAAGAUCGAACGAUAGACUACUGGGCUGCUCCUGGAGGCCGUGGCACACAGAUGGCAAGAUUAGUGUGCCGAAUUUGUCCUGCCGCUAAGCUCUAUCCAAUUCGCCUCGACGAAGGUUCAGGCAAAGAUGGAGAGAGAGAGAUACGACUAGAUUCGGCUCUCAAUGCAACCGACUGGGCAAUGCAAGUUCCAGUCCAUAUCAUUUCAAUAAGCUGGAGCAUCAACAUCAAAGGAUGCAGUCUCGAAGACAUAAGUAAUUUUGACAAUAUAAUCCUGGCUGCUAUCAAUAAGGGAAUAACGAUAUUCUGUGCCGCUAGUGAUAGCGGAAAGAUGACGGUCAAAGUUGCUGACAACGAAAACAUGCCCGCAAAAGUUUCCAGGUCCUAUCACCAUAGGUGCUGCAACUUGGAAUGGAACUCCGUCCGAAGAUGGCACCAAGCAGCAAAAGCUCAGCCUCAGUCCGGCUCAUCUCUUGCGACAGCCAUCGCCGCUGGACUCGGUGCACUUCUCCAGUAUUGUGUCAUCAUUGAUGGGAAAACUAAGAAAACCGACCCGGAGCUUUUGACGCCAGACCAGAUGACAACGGUACUGAAAAGACUAUGUCCAACUUACCAAAAGAAAAAGUUUCCAGAGGUUGCAAACAAUCCCAUGUUUAGGAAUGCAGGAUCGUUAGAGGUAUGGACUCAGGUCUUGGAUAGGGUCAAGUUUAUUGCCGAAAAUUGCAAAGCUGUAUCCAAAGAAGAUUAUUAG